UAAUAAGACUAAGCCUGGGACUAAAAAGAAAUGCCACUGCCCAUAAGCUGAGCUCCAAACUAAAUCCCAGACGAACUAUUCUCGGCCCCCCAGUUCAUGCUCUUUGCCUUUAUUAUUUUUAUUAUUCUUCCUGCUCAGAAUUUCCGUCACUCGAAUUUAUUAUUUUUCGCGCCGUGUGUCUCCUGGUUUCUCACGUCCAGGGCGUUUAAAUACUCUUUGCUACUUCGGCCUCUGGCUAAAAGGCCUCGUACCCUCCCAUAUAUCCUGGACCGUGUCAGCAUUAGUUCUCACUUGACGACCGAUUUGUGGCUGCGGUGGCUCUUACCAAACAAUAUCAGACUACACUUUAUAGACACGCACAGUAUGUUUCUCACUGUCUCUUAAAUAUCCGUUGUUUUCUUCGCCCUUCUCGUGUCUCGGUUCCGAUUGUUAACCCAUAUUUCCACCGCCAGUAUCUGUGGAGAGCACACCACUCUCCAUCUUCUUUACUGCUAAUUGCCGAGUCCAUCCUAAAAAGCGUUGGACUUGGUCUUUCCGCCGGCAACCGAAUUGUCGGUCCGAGAUCUGGACAGAGCUGGACAGCCAUUGAGGCUUUUCUCGUCAUUUCUCGCCACCACGAACUAAUAGUGAGCUGAAGUUCAGCGACGCCUCAAUUCACCUAUUUCCUUGUUAUCCUCAACUAGGGAAAUACUCCAACCACACGAGCCUUUUUAAGAUUAGAAGAAAAGGUAGUCAGAAAUUCAUGGUACGUGCAUCAAAAACCGAUUUCCAGUACCUCUAGUCCUAUCAUUCUAUAUCAGUUUCGGCAAGGUAUUGGAAGAAAACUAAUUUCAUUCCAGUCUGUGUACGCAGCCCCCGGAUCAUAUUUACCAGGAGCCAUGGCACACAAUUCACACAACUACGGCUGGCAAGGGCGGACGUCGCAGCCUUUUCAUCCCCCUUCUAUGGCUAUGGACCAGCAACCAUUUUCGCAACCUCCGAUUUCAUCAGUACCGGGGUAUCAUGUUGGAUACAAUCAACCUCCUCCCAGCACACAGAGCUACUACCAGCCUAGUGCUCCCGCUCCUCAGUAUCUCUCCUCGCACCCAUCUAUGCCUCAAAGUCGGCAUCACGCUCGCAGCUCUCCUGUCCCCUAUUCGUACCCCAGUAGUCAAGUAUCUAGCAGUCCUCCGACGAUACAAGACCAAGCAUUCACAUCCCCUCCCUCAUCCUACCUCCUCAACCAACCCGACUACUACCUCGCCCAGAACUCCUCCUUCUCCUCAAAUCCCAGCUCCCUUGGCGUCAACCCACCAGCCCAAAGCCUAAUCAACCCAGGAACAGUCUACUCGUCAACCGAAUCGACACCGAACGCCGGCUCAUCAGAUCCCGAACAGCAAGUCCGAGUUAUUAGCUUUCGACCCAAGCCCCAAUGCUGGGACCAUGGCUGCAACGGCCGCGAAUUCUCCACCUUCAGCAACCUCCUGCGGCACCAGCGCGAGAAAUCCGGCGUCGUCGCAAAGGCCGAAUGUCCUAGCUGUGGCGCGGUGUUUACUCGAACAACGGCUCGCAAUAUCCACGUGGCUCAGGGCAAAUGUAAAGGCGGAGGCCGCGAGACAUCUAUCGAGUAG